AUGACUCCAACAGCAGUGACCUUGGUGGAGAGAAGGAUGGUGGUUCUGCUCACUGAGAUGGAGACUAACAUCAGUGACAGCCAUCCACUGGAUGGAUCUGUUGGGACCCAGGGCAUCCAUGCCAAUGCCUUUAUAGGUAUGGCCAGCAUCCGAGACAACAAUGUUUUGAAUGAAUGGGAUGGAAUCUUGGACUUCGAGAACGCCCUUCUGGAGGCUAAGCUGUUUAGCAAGAUGGCCUGUGUCCUAGCCAAGAUGGAUGAAGGUCCAACUUUGGACCAUAUUAGUAAGGCCCUGGACCACCAGGUAAUUUUACAGCAAUAUCCAACCACUCAAGGCCUGACCUACGCUGUUUUACCCAGCCGGGUCAAGAACUUAGCCCAGUGUGGAGUGCCCAUCAAGGAUGUGUGCCGACAGGUCCCCACUUACUUUGCCCAAGAGCAAAAAGAAGGUACUGCACUGGCUACUGACCCCAAUUCCUGUUUCGAAGUCCAAAUUCUGUCCUUCCUGAGACUCUCCAUGUGUGGGGAGUUCCCUGGGCUCUGA